ACAUCGGGUAUCCCUCAGCUCAUGGUGGUCCCAUGUGGAGAUGGGUCCCCCCGACCCCAUCCUGGGGGUGACAGAAGCUUUCAAGCGUGACACCAACUCCAAGAAGAUGAACCUGGGUGUGGGGGCGUACCGGGAUGACAACGGGAAGCCGUACGUCCUGAACUGUGUUCGCAAGGCGGAGGCCAUGAUAGCAUCCAAGAAGAUGGACAAGGAGUACUUGCCCAUCGGGGGGCUAGCGGAUUUCACCCGGGCAUCCGCAGAACUGGCUCUGGGUGAAAACAGUGAGGCUUUCAAGAGCGGCCGGUAUGUCACUGUGCAGGGUAUUUCUGGGACUGGAUCUCUGCGAAUCGGAGCCAAUUUUUUGCAACGGUUCUUCAAGUCUAGCCGUGAUGUGUAUCUACCCAAACCAUCCUGGGGCAAUCACACACCCAUUUUCCGUGAUGCUGGCCUGCAACUUCAGGCUUACCGCUACUACGACCCCAAGACAUGCAGCCUUGACUUCUCUGGAGCCAUGGAUGACAUUUCCAAAAUUCCAGAGAAGAGCAUCAUCGUCCUGCACGCUUGUGCUCACAACCCCACCGGGGUGGAUCCCCGGCAGGAGCAAUGGAAGGAGUUGGCAGCUAUGGUGAAGAAACGGAACCUCCUCGUGUACUUUGACAUGGCCUACCAAGGCUUUGCCAGCGGAGACAUCAACCGGGAUGCCUGGGCUGUGCGGUAUUUCAUCGAGCAGGGCAUCAACGUCAUCUUGUCACAGUCCUACGCCAAGAACAUGGGGCUGUACGGAGAGCGUGCGGGUGCCUUCACGGUGAUCUGCAGCGAUGCAGAGGAAGCCAAGAGGGUCGAAUCACAGCUGAAGAUCCUCAUCCGCCCCAUGUACUCCAACCCACCCCUGAACGGAGCCCGCAUCGCCUCUAUCAUCCUGAACACCCCUGACCUUCGGAAGGAGUGGCUCGUGGAGGUGAAGGGCAUGGCCGACCGGAUCAUCAGCAUGCGGACUCAGCUGGUGUCCAACCUCAAGAAAGAGGGAUCCUCCCACAACUGGCAGCACAUCACUGACCAGAUCGGCAUGUUCUGCUUCACGGGGCUGAAGCCUGAGCAGGUGGAGCGGCUGAUCAAGGAGUUCUCCAUCUAUAUGACAAAGGACGGACGAAUCUCUGUGGCGGGAGUUACAUCGGGCAAUGUAGGUUACCUGGCUCACGCCAUCCAUCAAGUCACAAAGUAAGGACAAAGGUGUGCCCUGGAGCUGGUGGCCUUCCCUUCCCCACCAGUUGAAGAUGGGGAGGGAAAGGAAACAAGCAGAAUACUUCCAACCACAGCAUUUGAAGCUGCUGCUGAAUGUAUCUUGUAGAUAAGUUGUUGUAGAAGCCUAGUCAAAACCACCCUGCGUUGUGGAGCAGGGACAUCGUUGCCGGCUCCCGCUCGUCACA